UCUUGUGCCAGAAAUGUGUGGUGAAGAAAAUAAUAUAGGGGUAGAUAUUUUGCCGGAAGUAUUUGAUGCAGUAAUGAACGGUACCAAAAAUGUGAUAGAAAACGUUCUAUUACCUGAUUCAAAUACUACAGGUAAACACGAUGAGUUCAAAAGCACCAAGUGUGUUGGUGACGGGCUUCUGGACCUCAUACAAUGCGUGGUGGCCUCGAAGAUGGAAAGUUUUCGGCAAGAUCUUAGUAAGGUCGCGUUCCCCAAAACACGGCCCGGGGUCUUCCAGGGGCACAAUAUGAACUCCAAGAUCCAGGGCAGCCUAGAGGAGUGGAUUAAGGAGUUUAUCAAGGACAUGGUUCCAGAUACAAAUUGUACAUCUGAUGAAUAAACUAUUUGUGUAUACCUACUUAUAUACAUUGAUAUUGAAUUG